UUUAAUUUUGAAUCGACCCAACAGGUGACGCUCUAAGCGAAGAAAUGUGAUUUAUCUCAAAUUGCGAUUUAAAUAUUUAUUUCGCAGAAACAAAAAAGUGAAGCGAACAACUGUUAACAAUAAAUAUACAAUAAUCUUAAAACCAUGUUUUUACCUUUGCGUAUAAUUCAUACUCUUGCCAAUUGCAAGAACGCUAGAGGAUUACAUACUUCAACCAUUCGCAUCUCAGAUCAGUUAUUUAUUCAUAGAGAUAGUGAAGUUGAUAAUCCAAGUAUACCAUUUGAAUUCAAUGAAGCAAACAAGAAACGCAUCGCAGCUCUUUUAAAAAUUUAUCCUGAAGGUCAUAAACGUGGUGCGAUGAUACCUCUGUUAGAUCUGGCUCAACGUCAACAUGGAUGGUUACCUAUUUCUGCUAUGCACAAAGUAGCGGAAAUAUUAAAUGUCCCUCACAUGCGAGUCUAUGAAGUUGCAACAUUUUAUACAAUGUUCAAUAGAAGACCAAUGGGAAAAUAUCAUGUACAAAUUUGUACCUGUACUCCAUGUUGGUUACGAGAUUCCGAUUCCAUUGUAGAAGCUGUAACUAAAGCUACAAAUUGUAAAGUUGGAGAAAUGUCUGCAGAUAAACUAUUUACUGUUUCUGAAGUAGAAUGUCUUGGUGCUUGUGCUAAUGCGCCAAUGUUUCAAGUUAAUGAUGAUUACUAUGAAGAUUUAACACCUGAAAGUGCUACAGCUAUAAUAAAUGCAUUUAAAAAAGGUGAAAGACCGCCACCAGGACCACAAAAUUCUCCUAGAUUUGCAGCAGAUCCGGCAUCUGGUUUAACAUCAUUGACAUCACCACCACCAGGACCUGGAUUUGGUGUUAGAUCAGAUUUAUAAUUUACCGUAUAUAUAAAUAAAACAUUGUAUAAUCUGUAACGGAUUUAGUACUGAUUGGAUGUAUAAAUAGAUUACCUAAUAUACUAUUUAAAAAAUA